AUGGGCUCGGAUGUGCUCGAAUUCUAUCCUGAUGCCCAUCUUGCACUUCGACUAUGGAAUGUAUACAUCAACUCGGUCGAUCCGGUGGUCAAGUUGUUGCAUAUACCUACUAUUCAGUCUACGAUUGUCGCAACCAUAUUGGACCCCAGAUCUGCCCAACCUUCAAAAGUGGCGUUAACUUUUGCCAUCUAUUAUGCCGCCAUCACGGCACUUUGCCAUGAUGAUGAUCAUGAGCCCCUUGAAUUGCCCUGCGAGAAGCUGGCGCUGUUGAACCGCUACAAGCUCUGCCUGGACCAACUUCUCGUGGUACCAGAUUUGAUGGAUCGACCAGAGCUAGCUGCAUUGCAAGCUCUAGCGAUUUACGCAACCUGUUUACGAGCCAACGAAGUUGGCCGCAAAGUUUGGGUUCUCGUUGGGCUUGCCAUUCGGCUCGCACAAUCCAUUGGCCUGCACCGAGAUGGUGCCUCUCUCCGCCUGAGCCCCUUUGAGACAGAAAUGCGUCUUCGCCUCUGGUGGCAUCUCUGUGUCCUUGAAUCUCGCUCGCCAGAAGAUCAGGGAUCUCCACCCACCGUUGAUGUCACAAACCGAGAACUCCGGCUACCUUUGAAUGUGAACGACAAUCAAAUCUAUCCAGAUAUGACGCACUUUCCAACAGAGUCGGCUGGCUGGACAGAAAUGUCUUUCUUUCUGAUCCAAACUGAGUCGUGCCGGCUGCUACAUCCCGUACUUGAUACGCACGGGCAGCAUUCUUUAGAUGCUUACCUUGAUAUCACAGAGAAGCGGAAGAUCAUCCAGCAGCGUAGUCAAUAUCUCUAUGCUAAGUAUUCGGAAUCAGGCACUCCUCUAGGACGACUCGCAGCUCAGCAUGGGACCACUGGCUAUAAGAAGAUGGAGUUCGUGCUGCGACUGCGCGAGGAGAUCAGCUUGAGAAAGCAAAAAGGGUCGCAGGGAGACCCGACUCCUGAUGUUUUCCAGCAGUCCUUCAAAUUAGCCUGUGAGGACCUGGAGAGUAAUCAAGUUUUAUCGAAUGGAGACUUCGGAUCCAGAUUCAAAUGGUUCUUCAACAUCUAUACGCCGUGGUACGCCAUUGCCUACGUUCUUCGCUGUCUUUCUAGCAGUCCCCCCGGAAUCGAGACAGGACCUGCCUCAGCAUUGGUUGAAGAGGUCUUCUCUCGGGCAAUGAGUCUUCAUGAUAGUCACUCGGGGGGCCUUGAUGGUGAUUACGGCCACCAGAGCAUCUGGAGGUAUAUCAACGUGCUCCGCUAUCAAGCUCUAUCGGCGAGACACCAACGUACUCAGGCUUCUAUGUCCACUUCAGAUGAUGACAGAAUUCAAACGUCCAACAGUGGUCCGGAUUGCAUAAAAACCAGCCAGUCACUCAUAGAUACGGCCAUGACGGGUAAGACAGCCACAAUGGAUGAAACCACUGUCGUUCCCGAGUCAUCUCAAGAGUUCAUUACUGGUCCCAGCCAAAAUCUCUUUUCACCUCUGGAUCUGUCAAUGCCAGAAAUACCAUUCUUGCCGGAUUGGAAUGCUGUCAUCAAUGGCUGUCUGACCGACGAUGUCUAUGAGACGAAUUCAACUUUCUGGGAUGAUGGCCCUGCGGCCUCUGCGCAAUUCUGA